AUGAGUGUUCCACGGCCCCAAGAAGGGGAUGUCAAUAUUGGGACUGCCACGUUCGAUGCAUGCUGGGUUUUAACGGUCAUCGUUGGUCUGGCCCUCUUAUUCCGGUAUACUGUCAAGGCAUGGAUUCGCUGGGCCUUACCUCAGGUCACAGCCCCAGAGAGGAUCUGGGGGGUUGAAGAUUUAUUCUUUCUGGUCGCCUAUGGGUUCGAUCUCACCCAUAUGUGCAUGAUUCAGAUGAGUGCCCGUUGGGGUCUAGGUCGACAUUUCUUCUACUUGUCUGCGGAGGAAAAGUCGCACGCGAUGAAAUGGGAUUUUACCUCUCAACCCAUUGCGGUGGCCUCGGCCAUGGUGUCUCGCACGGGCAUGAUGUGGUUCCUGUUGACUUGUUUCGCGGCGAGCGAUCGAAGGAUUCGAAUCUCAAUAAUCGUCUGCGCGAUCGUCCAAGUCGUAGCUAAUAUGAUCACGAUCGCCCAGAUCAUCGUUCAGUGUGGACCGAAUCCAUACCGUCCGUCCGAUCGCAUCCAGUAUUUCCACUAUAUGUGGACGCCGCUCCCAGAGGAUGGUUCAGUGAAGUGUCAAUCACCGAUGGUGCAGACUACUGUCGGAUUUGUCCAGGGAGGCUUCAACACCAUCAUUGAUUUCUUUUUGGCCGUUCUGGCCGCGAUGGAGCUUUGGCAAUUCUUCCUACGCACUUUACACCGUGACCCAAAUAUCUCUUUUUGGACUCAAUUCCGCAAGAUCAAUAGCACCGUCCGCUCGCGUCGGAUUUGGCAGACUAUGACCUUGUGUGGCCCAUUGAUCCUCUCGGGGGCCGCAUCGAUCAUCAAGACCUAUAAACUCAAGUCGCUGGGGGAUCGACAGGAUUUCACCUAUAACAUUGUCUCUUUUGUACUCUGGGUAAAAAUCGAAAAUUAUAGUAUCCUUCUUGCAUCAUGUGCACCGGUCGCCCGUCUCUUCCUGCGCGCUGUCGUCGAUUCGCGCCGUGGUGGCCGACCAGGUUACUGGUCCAAGUCCAAGUCCGCAAACAACCAAAACAACAGCAAUGAUACGGAGAUGAAACAUCGUCCCAAAGAUCAAUGGAUGGACUCGACCACGGUGACGGGGUGGCAAGACGAGGAAAAUUCACCUUCGGACUGGCCAAAUCAUGAGCGUUCGGAGAGUCGCAUCUCUCGGGCUCAGCAGCCAGAUCAUAUUGAUGAUGGCUGUGUUACUGUGAAGACGGAUAUUGUUGUGCAAGUGGGUAGUAGUCGCCCGCGAUCGACCUCGUCGGGAGGUGCAAGGUUACUUCCUCCUAGUGAGGAUGGGGAUGCCCAUGAAUCAGACUAUCGUUGA